AUGUAAAAUAGUGUUUUUAUUCACCCCGGAUAGUGAUUGUGGUUUGAUAAAUCUGCACUUCGUGGCUCUCGUGUUCCUGACAGGCUUCCCACGCCGUAUAGAAACCCCGCUGCUGUGAAGCUUGAUCGCUGCUUUCCUGCAAAAAUGCUAACUUUCAAAACAACACAAUCCAGCUUCACUUCAGAGACACAAACCUGAACAAAACUAUUCACCCGGAUACUGCUGAUGCGCGCUUCCCAUUGGCUGGACCACGCUCGCUUAGCCAAUCACAAAAUUCCAGACUGAGAGAGUUUCUGAUAAGCGGUGUGAUCGGUUCGUGGUUGGCAAAAGCUAGAAGAAUUGUAUUAAAAAUAUUAAAUAUCCAUUUCACAAGCAACCCGGUUGUUUAUAAGCGAGUGUGGUGUUGAAUACCCUGCUCUGUGGAGACUAUCGGAGAUGACCCGGGUGGCUGUGCUCGGGAUUCUCUGCUGGGUUCAUGCAGCUGCCGCAGGAACUCACUCACUGCAGGGUUUUGGAGUGGCAACCACAGAAGGGACUGGGUUUCCAGAGUUUGUGUUUCUGGCGAUGCUGGAUGAUGUGCAAUACAUGUCCUUUAACAGCACCAUGAAAAAACCCGUCUUCCAAACACACUGGAGGAAUGAGACGAAGGGUCGGGAGUUCAGGGAAAGACGCAGCUGGUAUAUUCUCCAUGGUCAACAAAUCUUAAAAUGGAGUUUGAUAAAUACAGUCCAGCACUUUAACCAUACUGGAGUUCACACUUAUCAGUACAUGGGUGGCUGUGAGCUGGAUGAUGACGGGACCAGGCGGGCAUAUUUGUCUCAUGCGUAUGAUGGGAAGGAUUUUAUUAGUUUUGAUGUAGAGACCCUGACCUGGGUCGCUGCUGUGCCACAGGCUGUCUUCUAUAAACACAAGCAGGAAGCUGACCCAGCCUGGCAACAGAUCACUUUGGACUAUCAUAGACAGGACUGUUUCCUGUUGCUGGAGCAGUACCUCCAGUAUGGGAUGGAGACCCUGCAGAGAAAAGUCCGCCCUGCAGUGACGCUGAUACAGAGGAAAGCGCGUGAAUCUGCAGGAACGGACGUCAUUUGCCACGUGACGGGGUUCUACCCCCGAGAGGUUGAGGUGAACUGGGUCAGAGACGGGGAGGCUGUGCUGGAGGAGGGGGUGUGGAGUGGAGAGGUGCUGCCCAACGGGGACACAACCUACCAGCUGAGAAAGAUCCUGACAGUGAGUCCUGAGGACCAGAAGAAACACAGCUACUCCUGCCAGGUGCACCACGCCAGCCUGGAUGAGAAGAUGGAUGUGAAAUGGGCUCCAGAGGCUGCUCUGAACGUGGGGUUUGUUGCUGGUGGUGUGCUGGCUGCUCUGGGUCUGAUCAUCGCAGUGAUCAUAGGAGUUCACAUCUGGAUGAAAAGAGCAUCAGGUGCCAGGAGCCCUGACUACACAGCAGCGCAGACAAAGGAACAAAGUGAUGCUUCAUCCAGCUCCACCAGCGACGACAGGUGUGACCCUGUUGCAGAGAAGCUGACGGCACAGAUAGAGAAUAUACAGCUCAGCUGAGACUUCAUCUUUUACACUUUAUUUACCCAGAUAUUGCCACACAGAGUGAUCGCACAAACCAAUACACUUUCCACUGUAUUGUACU